GAGAACGACAAGGGCGCCCUCGUUGAUCUUUACAUCCCCCGUCACUGCUCCGCCACCAACCGGCUCAUCACCGCCAAGGACCACGCCUCGAUCCAGAUCCAGAUCGCCGACGUUGACGCCGACGGAAAGGCCAUCAAGGGCCAGGCGACCACCAUUGCUAUUUGCGGCAGGAUAAGGGCACAGGGGGACAGCGAUGACUCGAUCAACCGGAUCGCGACCAAGGAGGGUCUGUUGAAGAACGUCUGGACAUACUCCCGAUAG